UCCUCGGUGUUCACUAGUUGAUCAGGAGGCUCAGUACACGUAUCAUAUAGUUGAACUAAAAUAACGUUAUUCAAUAUCAAAUAGGGAACAUACGCAAUUAAUUAUAAGUUAGAAUAACAUCAGAACGCCUAAUUCUGAACUGUCCUAAUUUAUUUAUUGUUUUAUAAAGCGUAUUGAUAUGGUUCUCUCUCAUAAGAGGAAGUAAAUGAGGUGUAAACAACCAUUGAUGGUCCGCGUCAUGGAGCUGCUGUACACAGUGUCUGAAAAGAGGAGUUCUGAUGAUGCUCACUUAACUUCAUUGUAUAAUGGUGGAGGAAUGUGCACAGUCUCUUCUAAGAACAUAGUUGCCUUCACGCGGAUGACAACAAGACAAGACAGUUAUAGACACCGCAUUCCUGUGUGUACUGUUUAUGUGAUGGAUCUUAACUGUCCCUAUGAACCACAUGUUAUCCUAGAUUCAGCAAGCACAGUAAUCUCACUGGUGUUUAAUAGUGAAGGGUCUCAGCUCCUUGUUGUGCUAAGUUUGGGAACUGUGCAGCUUUUCACCAAAGGAUCGAGCCUACAUAACUGGACCUCCACACAUACAUGUGAUUGGGACGGUGAAGAUAUUCUUCACAUAAAUUUCUUCCAUGGAGGAAUUCGGGCCAGCCUUCAAUCAAGUGAUGUGAAAGUACAUUCCCUGUAUACUGAGAAGUUUGUGGCACAAUCACACAGACCUACACUAGUAGACCAUGGCCAGUGUGCACAGAAUGGCUUCUUUGCUGUCUCUGCUUCAGGUUUGCUGCUCGUGUGUGUUUUGACCCAUGAAGGCACUGUCAUGAUGGAGAAGAAAGCUGUUCUUGGUCAGAUACGGGACAAUUUUACUGUUGCUACUGCUGCUUUGGCACCUAGUGGACACAUCCACAUAGCUACCUGGAAGCCUGAGAUGAUUAAAUGUUGGCGUGCAGAACUGAAGAUGACAAAUCAAAACUGUGGUGGGGGAAAGGGUGACCUUAACAUUACAAUUGAAGCUGCUCAAUCUUUCUGCCCAUCACGUUCUGGCUCCACAUGGCAUAGUACUCAAAAAAAUGAAGGGCUAAUGCAAGUGACAUGUCUACGAUACACAGAAUUGGAAGACCCAAAUAGUUUAUUAGUGGCUCUCACUGUAGAAAAACCUGUUGAAACAUCCCCCACACAACAGGUUGGUAUUAAGGCAAGCAGUACACCUAACACAUGCAGCAUGUCUCAUCUUGUUAAGAAGUAUCACCUGCAAGACCAAAUUCGUCCUCUUAUUAAGCUCUUCAAACCUAAGACUGAUUCAGCAGGGAUUACAACUAAGGAAUGGAUAUGUGUUGGAGAAUGGGUUUCGAACAGCCCUGUGGUGACAUUAGGUACUUCUUCCCGACAUCUGUUACCAGGUCCUCCUGGUGCUCAGCUUCCAUUCAUUAUAACUGCUGCAACUGCUGAUGCCUUCAUAUAUUCAAUCAACAGAGAUAAUAUGCAACAGUUGAGCAGUCACAGUUUGCUGAAUGUUCGAGGGAGUGGUGAUGAUGCUCCAGUCAGCAAGCGUGUAUCUCUAGACCGGCGAGUGGUAUCCCUGGCUCAUACUUGGAGUGGCUUCUCUGUCUUAGCUAUGGAUACUUCAAGCAGUUUGCACUUCAUUACACUCGUACGACCUGCUGAUGUCGGUCCACAGUGGGCAAUAUCAGUGAUCCUGUUACUGGAAUUUGCACUUGUUAGUGGCCAUGAUUGGUGGGACUUGCUGGUGUCUACCCCACCUACAUCUGUCCCCACUCUAACUGAAAAACUCUCUGAGACAUUCCACCAACAUUCUGCCCCCAUCAUCCAGCAUCUGCACACAAGAUUCCUCGUUAUGAAAACUUCUAUGUUGAGACUAUUAGGAAGCCAGCAGCAAAAAGCAAUAGAAUCACGACUACAAGCUCAGUUAACUGCUACACAACAGAUAUUUAGGUCCCUUCGCCCAGUUACGUGUGAUGUUGCCACUGCAGAUAAAAAUAUUAGUGCAUCCAUACAGGGGUACUUGGAGAGUCGGUCUUCUCUUGAUAUUUUAGAUAUUGAAAAAUCAUUGGAUCACUUGUGCAGUUCUGUAAAUAUCAAAGACUGUCAGGUGGAUCCAGGACAGUUGCAGAAUCUUCAGCCGCUAUUGCAGUUUUCAGCAGACCUCACACUUUUCAUUCUGUUUAUGCUAGCCCAGAAUAGUAAGAUGAGUGUGUCUUGCUGGAGACCCAGGUAGUGUGUCGUGAGUUACCUCUACAUGUUCCUUCACGAGGUGUGCUAGCAGAUAUGGCAUCAUCAGUACCAACACCACUUCAAUAUGAGUUUGGCCAGGGGGAGACAAGCAGCACAAGUAAUGCUGGUGUUCAACCCCGUAUCCUGGAAGGAGCUUUACCACCAUUACAGAUGCUUGAUCCUCUCCACUAUCAUUAUAUUGCUCCACAGGAACCCAAAUUUAAUUGUACACGAUGUUGCAGUGUGCGGGCCAGUUGGUGGGGAGACUCUGAGAGUGCAUGGGACCAACAGUGGGCUUCUAAUUGUAUAUGUUCUGGCCACUGGGCACUCCCUCCCAUCACUCCAUCCAAAGCUGCUUAAGUAGUGAUAUUUAUAACGUGAUAUUCAAAGUGCAAAACAGCUUGUAAGAUAAAACAGGUUUAAGACGGUACUUCAUAUUAUGUUACCUAGAUCAUGUUUGCAAUUUUAUUAUUUUUUCUUGAAGGUAUAAUGCAAUAAUAGUCCUAUAUGAAAUUUACAUAUUCUUCGUAUAAAUGUUUCAUAUUUUACUUGCAACAAUUCAUUGAAGAACUUAUAAAAGCUUGGGUGGAAAAAGAACAAAUCUGCUGAAUAGAUCCUCAUGUGCAUGUAUUAUUGUUAGUGGGAAACAUUUGCCCAUAAGGAGCCCAGAUGUGAGUAUCCACAUUGCAGUCUUAAUAUAGUAAGAAACAACUAAUUUUGGAACUUAAGACAUCAUUGUCAUAAAACUACAUCAAAACUUCAUGUUAUCUUAUGACCUUAGGUUAGUCCAAGGAGACAUAUGUAUAUUGAUCAUCAAGUCGAUGAAUUAGAAACCAGGCUAUCCCUUGAUGCUGAUGGCUGUGGCUAAUACUUUUAACAAUUAGUAAAACUUUCCCAUCACAUCUAUAGCUCGUUAAAAGGGACCUCAAAGGCAACAUUUACAACUGAAGACUGAGUGAUGGAGAUUCUUUGAUGCCACAAUGGCCUGUGUAACCUUGCUUUCCCAUGUCUUAUUGUUGGCCAGACUAUGAAUAAACUUUCACUGUAGGAAAUAAUAUGGUAGGUCUCCAGAUCUGAUGGUAGAUUCACCAAAUUUGACAACAGUAGCCUGUUCCCACUUACAUCUUAGUCUUGUGUACACUAUAUACAGGUGGUAUAUACUGUACAGCACAUUUAAUGUGGUAGCAUUUGGGCAUUUCUCAUCUGUGCAGUGCUUCAGCUCCUCCUGCUAAGAAGAGAAAAGGGAUCCAUGUGCCAGUUAGUAAAAGAAAUAAAGUCAUUAAUCAACAUAAUUUGGCGUGAAGGUGGCUGUAGAGUUUAUUAUCAGUUUCUGAGAUACGUAUGUCUUUUGGUACUGUGUAGAUAGUAUCUAUUGUGAAUUCAUUUCACAUUGCAAUACUGUACAGUACUGUAUAUGAUCAUAGGUUCAGUGUUUAUAAACACUCAGAUGGAAGGAGCCAUGUAUCAUCAACAUCAACAUGUUAUAUCAAAACUUAACAUAUUUAUAAUUGUCAACUUGAAGUCUUAGGAGUAGCCCUAAAUGGUACAGUAUACUGUAUUAGUCUUUUCUGAAAGUUUGAAAUACUUCCUUAGCACUGUUCCCGAGUAUCGACGCAACUUAGCACCCAACGAAAAUUUUAUGUUUCUGUGAUUUGGUUGCUGUUCAGUGUUGACAGAAAAAAUAUUCCCCAAAAAUCAGCUGGUUUGUCAAAUUGGACAAGUGGUAGUGUCUUGUAACUAACACUCCUUUGUAUGAACACAAGUACUUUGUUAGCCUUGUUUCCAGCAAAUACACAUUGUUGUCUUGGUUUAAUAUUCUUACAGGUACUUGUCAUUAAUCCUAAAUCCUUUCUCACAGUCGGAUUUCUCUAUAAGACCAUUGUUCAUCUGAUAUUUGGUUUCUCUGUUUACAUCUCCUAGGAUAAGUACUUUACAUUUUUCCACGUUAAAUUUUAUCUGUCAUUUUUCAGAUUAUGCACAAAUUUUUUUAGAUCUUCCUGUAGUUUUGCAGAGUCCUUGUUAGAUUUAAUUACAUUCCCUAUUUUAGUGUUGACAGCAAAUUUACUUUUGUUUCUAUCUAU